AUGGCAAAGCAAACUUUAUUAGGCCUUCAAAGCAACGACUUGGGGAACGAUGAUGAAAUCCAACUGUCGACUGAAGAAACAGCUAUGGGCGGAAACUGUUUGGUUGAUUGUCAAAGCAGUACAAUACCAGCCAAUCAGGUGAUGAAUGUAGAGUUUAAAAAACUCGCAGAAGAUACUUUGUGCAUCAAGAUUUCGGGUACAAAGUUGCUUAAAAUCGCCUCCGAAGGAAAAGUUUCAAAAGGACAGAACUCUGUGAAUGUUUAUAGUUCCUCAGAUGAAGAAGAGGAAUCCGCCUCAAAGAACCAAGAGAUCAGAACAAAACGGAGCAGAAGGCAUCCGAAAGACAAACGACCCUCGUUGAAUAAAAUCAUUUACUCUCUUCCGCUUGAAAUGCCAGAUGUAGCAAAACAAGGAUGUCUGAAUUCUUCAUGGUAUAUCUGUCUCAUAGCAAAGCUAAAAGAUCUACAAGAUAACGGAGAUUUUGAAGGACAUGAGCGACUGAUACAAUUGACGGAAAGGCGUGCUAAAAACACAGACUUGCGAGCAAGUUUGAAGAUUGAGCGCGCAGUUGCACUGUACAUGCAAGGCAAUGUUAAAGAAGCCAAGAAAAUUGCAAAAAAAGUCUUUGACCUGGAGAAGCAAAUGGAAAACCCUGAAGUUCUGACAGCACGAGCUUUGAACCUUCUCACAUCGAUCUACAAAACUCAAAAAAAAUUCGGAAAUGCGUGGACAUGCGUGCAACGGGCUACAACAGCUCUCAAGUACCACGACUCGUCUGUCGAUAGAGCUGAGCUGCAUCAAAGCUAUGGGGGAUUGAUCAGCUCUAUGCUUGCUCUGGGACUUUGCGGCAUUUCCCUGAAGGACGAAGCCUACAACUCAUUCACAAUAGCACUGGACUGUGCAACUGAUCCUGUCGAUAUGGAGUACACAAUUGUCAAGAUGGCAAAGUUAUUAUUACUUGGAAGCGAUGACCUCGUUAGCGAGAACGAUGUUGUACAAGCUAAGAAGCUCCUUAACUCCAUUGAACACGGACCAGACGCCGAUAACCUGGCGGUGGGGACAAAAAUUAAUCUAUUUCUUUUGCGGUCCGAUCAGUACCGUUUAGAAGGGAAUGUUGCCAUGGCAAUGAAGAAAGCGCUCGAUGUAUGCGCAUUUAUCAAAAAUUAUGAUGGUUUUGCGCGUCACCUUGCUUCUGCUCAGAAGCAAAUUCAUCGCCUCUCCGAAAUUUCUACUCCAGAAUGCGGAUCAUCGAAAGGGGCCGUUGGCGAUGGAUCUAGCAGUGAUUGA